CGUCAUACUAUCAUCUCCUUUCGACCUCAUGCUGGUCGUCAUCGCAUGCAAUGCCCAAGCAGAUCUGGCGCCGAAUCUCACAAUAUUUCGGAAGACUGUCGCAAGCGUAUUGCAACACAGCUUCUGCUUUGCCGGGCACUGGAGCUCUCAAAGACUGUGUCGAGAUGAUCGAUCUGUACGCACGCAUACGCCGACGCAGGAACUGUAAAUCACGUGCAUUGCAGACACUGUCUGGCGCGCGCGCAGAGUAGCAGGCUCGGCAGCGCCAUGUGCGAACGGAGCAUUGACGCAGACUCUGCAGAUUUCUUGAGAGACUGAAGCGAUCUAUAUCGAGUGCGAUGAAGAUCUCCAAGAGAACCCGCAAAGGCUGCAUGACAGCGGUAUUUGCACCUGCCGCUGCCCACGUUGCUUCUCCGCGCACGUCCGACCUUGUCUGCAGAUCACGUCUGGUCUCUGGCAAGCUGUCGGUCCGUCAUGCCUUCAGGUUGUGGGUCAGAACUGAUUUUCGGCGCAUGCAAUUUGUCAACGUCCGCAUCCUGGCGGACAUAUCGCUCCUCAGCACAGUAGCCGAUUUAGAUGCAUGCAUUGCAAUGAUUCGCAUCAUCACGUUGGAGGCUUGUCACAUCCAGUGGCAUGCGCAAAGAGCGCCCCUCGAAAGAUCACGAGGAUCGUGAUGCAGCUAUGCUGUCAAACAUGGAUCAUCGCCGCUGGAUGUUCCGAUCAAUAUGCGCUAAGUAUGCCUGAGUGAUUCGAUUCGAACGAUGACGAUGCUGUGGCCAUUUCACAGACGGACGCGAGCGGUGCCAAAUAAAUGACGCUCAGCGCGGCAUCCCAUGCGAUGAUCCAAUGCAAGCCGAAAUGACGAUGCAUGUCGACAUGACAGGGAAGCUGGACUACGCCUAGCUGAGAGGGGCCGCUGUACCUUGAAUGAGCGGAGGGUAAAGCGCGGCCU